AUGUACCAAAUGCAAAGUAUUUUGACAGCAUGUUUUGCUCCAGAUACCAAACAUACAGACGAUUGGUUCAAAAACCAAAGCACACAAGAACUUUUGAGCGAAGCACAGCGAGACCGACUUUUUUCGGGGUCGCCUAAAACUCAUGAAAAUCGUAAAAAUUUGCCAAAUGGUUUGAGAGGUUGGUAUGUACAUAGACUUCUUGUAAAUGCUGUUGCAAUGUGGGCUUCGCCUCGUUAUGCUUGGUAUAUUUACAGACUUCUUGACGAAAUUCAUAGACAAGAACGUGAAGAGAUGGAAAAGAAACUUCAAGCAAAAAAUGAAGUCAUUGAAGCAAAAGACAAAAGCAUUCAGAAAAGAAUACCACGUUCGGUACCAAAAGGAAAGGAAAAGAACUAUAAGUAUAUGAUUUAUACUGAAGAGAUGGAAAAUGAAGAAGAUAAAGAUAUGGUUAUGUUGCAUUUAGUCAGAAGAAACAACAAAAGCUUUUACGACCUUGCUAAGAUUUACAAAUCUGACAGAAAUUGGUUCUAUCGCGAAAACUUACCGAUUUCAAUGACCCCAAAUGAAGAUGUGAAACAAAUAGUUCAAGAUAC